UAGAUAAAUAAAUUGAAAUAAUGAAAAACUCUAAAGGAGAAAUGAACUUUAAAAUAUUGGACACAGUGAUAUAGGUACUGACAUAUAAUGAACGCACAAUAUUAAUUUACGGUGUGCUGGUAGGUAACUUGUGGUGAACAUAGACUAUUACAUGACACACAGUGAAUGUGUCUUAUGUUUGAGGUGGGUGGGUGACAAGGCUGAGCUCAGGGCCUCUGCGCUAAGCUACAUUCUCCUCCUGCCUCAGCCUCCCAGAGGGUUGGGAUAACGGGUGUGUGCCGUCACGCCUGAUUUGUCUUUGUGCUGCGCCAGUCGUAAACCUGUUGGGGGGGUUUGUUCAUGGAGGAAGGGCCCAGGAAGGCCAAGUGCCCGCCCCACGGGAGGGUAUCCUGGGCACCGCCCUCAGAGGGUGAGCGCCUCCUUCCGUUCCGGGCCGACUUGGACCUGCUUCGAACCUUGGAACCACCGACCCGACAAGCCCAGACUCGGCGCAGCCGGGAGCCAACCGCAGCCGGCGCGUUCCCAGCAGCGCCACCGUGUGGCAGUAGGAGGCGGUGCCGGCCAAGAGCUGUGAUCGCCGCGCUCCGCCCACCCCAGCCUGAGCCGGGUCUGGGAAGGGGGCGGAGCGGCCUAGGGGUGUCUGUCCUUCCCUUGCCCUGCACUACCCGACCCCUGCCCUGGGACAUAGCAACAGGAAAAGGCUGCCGGCACAGAGAGAGGACUAAGCGCAGAGCACAAGGUCGGCUCUUGUACACACCCCACGUCCUGCCACACACAAGCCAGGCAGCCAGGACGUUCUCUUGGGUGACACUCGGUCCCCAGUGCAUGGACCGAGGCUCAGAGGGACUGAGUGACUUCCCGAACUCCACGGUAGGUCAGGGGGAGCCAGGGUGGGUGGCUGGCUCCAGCAUGUGGCUCAUUCUGGAGCGGAGAGCCUGGGCCGGUCGAGGUUCCAACGACAGAACAGGGGCAGCUGCCUGGCCUCGAGGGGCCGCUUCCUCAGGUGGUAGCCAGAGGAGAGGCGUGGCCUCUUGCACUUGGAAACGGAGCCUCUGUCACCCAGUUAAGCUCUGCUGUCCCUUCGACCUUCACAUCGGCUGCCCAGGGCCUGGGGAGCUCUUCUGGAUCCUGGCAGGAGCGGGUCCUUUGUGGGUGCCUCCCACUUCCAUCAUGGGACCUGACAGGGAACCCCGGGAGCCCAGCACCUGGCCCAGGGUCCACAUCCCGGCUGAAAUGAGGAGGUCCGGUGCUCGAAAUUCCGAGCAAGCUCAGGGUUUCAUUCAGGAAGCAGUCAGGGGCCCAAGAAGUCCCCAGCGCCUGCUCCUGAGCCUACAUCCCUCGUGCUCCCAGUGUCCCCGUGGAGGGACCAAGGUGGCCGCUCUCUGCAGGGAAGGGGCCGGGGCCCAGUGAGAGGGUCCCAGAGGCUGGGCUCUGCUGUGCCCAGUGCUGGCCCUGGUCACUCCGUUAGCCCAGCAGGGAACAGGGUGGUCCCUGGGGCCAGGAGUUCAUCACACUGUUCAGGACUGGGGAGAGGUCUCUCUGUCCAGCCCAUGCCUAUCUCGGUCCCAUAGUGGCCUCAUAUGCAACCGCAUGGGGUUCUGUCUUUGCUGCCCCUACCAAGAGUGGGCCUUGGCACCCACCCACCCCUGGAGCAGUAGCUACACAUUCAGUGAAUUAAAAAGAGCACCAAGCAAGGUGCCGUGAGUGCCAAUCAGCAGCAAGAAGCAGCCCCUGGGGACCCAGCUGGGGAGGUCGCUGCUGUCCCUGAUGCUCUAGAACUCAGAGGGGCCAGGGAUACACCCAUCCAGAGCUGCCACCCACAGCAUCUGGUCCUGGAGUCCUGCCCCAGAGCCCACCAAAGGCUCUGACAAGGCCUGCAGCAGGUGUCCUCCUGCUUCAGCCCUCCUGACUGUUCACAGCCUCCCCAUUCCAGCCCCCAGCUCCUCAAGUCCCCCAGGAGCCAUCUGUCCCCCAGGGCAUUGGCCCAGCCUGGCCACUAUGAGGGCAGAGGUCCACGCAGGCAGGGAGCUCUGAGAGGGGCAGCCCCUGAGGCUCGGACCACGGUGGCGACCGGGGACAGAACUGGUGGCAUCGUGCCCCAGACCUUGCCGAACCCCAUGGUUCCCAGCCUGGCCUCUCAUUCUCAGACCCAGCCUCCUCCCACUUCACUGAUGCCCCCCCAGCGACUUGUCAAAGCCAGGGCCUCCAGGCAGCCACCCGGCCCACCUUGCAAGAAGUGAGAGCCAGCGGUGUGGUCCCUCCUCUUGUGCCCACCUGUGCCACCCAAGGAGCCUGGAAACCUCGUCCCCUGACCCCCCACGCUGUGGGUCAGAGCCCCUCCCACCCCAGCCCAGAGGGAGGCAGACUAAGGCUGUGCCCACCGGAUGGGGACAGGGCCUGGCAGGCUAUGCACCAAGGGGUCCCGGAGCUCCGGGUGCCUCGGGUCUCCUGCACGGCCCUGCUGCCAGUGGACGCUUCGGGCUGGGCCACCGGGCUGAGCAGAGCACGGCGCCCAGACCUGAACUUCAUCAUCUCACGCCAAGACCCUGAGUGGGGUGCUAUGGCAGUGGGGCCCCUGGGGCUCAGCCUGGCCAGGGUGGCAGAGCAGGCCACCCCUGGGGGCACACAGCCCUUGGGUGCUGCACUCCAGGUGGACUUCCAUCCUGGCGGAGAUGGCCCAGAGUCUCUGUCCCCCAAGGCCAACAGGUGCAGGACGGGCUUUGGGAGCCCCAGCCCCAUCCCUGUGGCAAGCCCUGCCUCCUGUGGAGCCUCGGUUUUUCUGUACUCACCCGGUGGAGGGCUUGGACUCCGGUCUGGGUUGCUGCCAGCCACAGCCUGGCGCACAGUGGCUCCUGAUUUGACCAGCAGGUGGCGCUCGGAGUCCAGGGAAAUGUGCUGGGCAUAGCUCCAGGUUGGCAGUGGUGUGGGUGCACACUUGACCCCAGGAUGAGGAUCCCUAGCAAGACCGAGGAGGUGGGGGCUGGUUCAGGGGAGCAGGGGUCCGUCUUCUCCAGCUGCAGUCUGGGAGACACCGCUGGUGGCUGGAGGGAGGAGCAGGGACGACCUCCGAAUGCACACGUAGGACUGCUGUCCCUUGUAGACAAGACCGUCCCCAGCAGGGCCACCCCCAGAGUGGAGGGUGCUGAUUCAGGCCAGACUGCAGGGAGCCAUGCUGCCCAAGGUCACACCCGCAGGAGAUAAGAUGGCCGGAGAAGGGCUGAGGGAACCACUGCUGUCCACCGCCUCUCCGGGGUCCUAUGAGUCUCAUCUGUCCCCAACACAGAGGCUGCGGUCACUUGUCCCAUCUCUGUGCUCCAUACAAGGAAGCUGAGGACCAGAGAGGUCAGUGCAUAUCAGGUUACACAGCAGGGGAGGGGACAGGCAUGGUGACAGCCCAGCCACCACCCUCCUGGAGCCUGGUGCCAUCUUUCCCUGAGGGGACCCUUCAGUUCCCAGGACCCCCAGAGCACAGGCUCACGGGGUGCCGGAGCAGUGCGGGGUCCAGGCGGGUGGACGUAACAGCUGAAAGUGCCAGUUUCCCAGUUUCCCAGUUCCCCAGCCUGGCUGACUCGGACCCAGUGGGGGGCAGUGGGCAAGGGCAGCCCAAUGGCCACUGGGGCCGGCGGGCACUGAGUCUCAGCCAGGGCACCUUGCCUGGGAGUGCUGAGCAGGGCCACCUGCCUGGCUUGGGCAUGGUCCUGAGGGGGGCAAGACCGAGGCCACUGCUGCCACCCGUCUGGGCCCUGCUUCUGGAUGGUGCUCCCUGCCCAGAGAGCCUGGCGCGCCUGUGUCCUCCCCUCCUGGUUCCUCACCCAGCCUCAGCCUGAACCCCCAAGUCUGUGGACCCCCCCCUCUCCUUGCCAGGGUUCUAAACAGCCACAGGAGGCCACAGCCCCCCACAGCAUGUGUCCAGCCUCCGCUCACAUUAGGCCCAUCUGCUGCCCUCUCUCUGGCCUCCUCUGCCCAGGUCACCACUGACUGCUACCCCAAGGGCACCCCGCUGCAGCAUCCUGUCCCACACCAGGGCAGUCUCUCUCUCCCCAUCUUUUUUUCCCUCUGGUCCUGGGUAUCAAACCCUAUAUUGUGGAGCUAGCCCUCUACCAGACCUUUUUUAUGUUUUAUUUUGAGACAGGAUCUCACUAAGUCACUAAAUUGCCCAGGCUUGAACUUGUGAUCCUCCUGCCUCAGCCUCCUUAGUGCUGGGAUUACAGGCGUGCACCUCUGUGCCCAGCUAUCUCUCCCUGUCUUUGGGAUGAGGAGAUUGUAGCUGAGAAAGGUAGCAAGCCCUGCCCAGGGCUCUGCAGCCCAGAAGACACCUGUUAAGAGUACCCAGGCCCUGCUCAAAUGUGUCCCGGCCACACCCAGGGGAAAGGUCACAGGGUGCCCUUGGGACCCAGCCAGGGAGCUGGAGCCUGGCACAGGCAGCUCCUCCCCACCCCACCCCACAGCUCCGCCUCAGAGCUGCAGUGCCCAGGUGCACCUAGGGAGCCUCUGAGGAGUCCAGUCUGGACAGGGAGACACCUCAGGGUGAAAGAAGCUGUGGGGCCCAGCUGGGGUCCUUGUCCUCUACAUCCCACACCCAGUGCCUACUGAGCACCGAGCUGACACUCUGAGCAUCUGUCAGACAGAUAAAUGUGUGAGCCUGGAUCUAGGCUUUGAAGGAUGAAUAGGAGUUUGUGGCUGGGACGAAGAGAGCCAAAUCCCAGGUAGAGCGUAGACGGGAGCUAUGUGUCUGUCCUGGUCCCACCUCGUGGCUCCACCCCCAGGAAGUCCUCCCGACCGUGGGGAUUACCACCCCCCUUCCCGUCACUCCUGGCGUGGCAGGACAGCAUUCGUGGGGUAGAUGGGGACAUGGAGGCCCAGAAAGGUGCCUCAGGCUCAGCCGGGAUGGAGGAAGUUGGGAGGCCCCUGCCCCAAAUCUCAGGCUGACUGAGAAAUGGCACAGCCAGGCAGAGGCCUCCCUAGGGGCCCCUUCCCAUGGUAAGCGACUCUGCCACACCCUAUGCUGUCUCUGUCCUCCCGUCCCCAACUUCAGCUGGCAGCCAUGGCUUCCCCACCCUGGCUCCAGCCACCCCUUGGCAGGGGCUGGGCCAGCAGGGCACUUCCCAAGGGAACCCAGGUCCCCCUUCUGAGUCCUCAGCCUUGCUCCCCAGGAGGGUUCCCUGCCGGGUCACCAGCGGCCCCGAGGCGCAGGCAUGGGCCCAGCCUUGCCAACAGGAACCAUGGAUGGGCAAGACCAGACCAGGGAGGGGCAGAGCUGGGCAUGGGUCUGCGGAGGUUCUGACCUGACAUCUCCCGCCACGGCCUGGCAGCACCCUCGGUAGCCAUGUGCUCAAGGCUCAGAGGACCCCAGGAAUGUGGACUCAGCCUCUGGGCUUGGCUGAGCCCCUGUUCCUGUCUGGCGGAAUCCGGCUUCACGUCUCCCCACCUCUCCCCAGCAACCCCUGCCACAGAUCAUACACGAGCGUGCAGCCAGAGCAGAAUCUGUCACCUGGCCUGGACGGCUCCCGAGACCGAGGGCAGUGUGUCCUCAAACCUUAGAUCUAGGUGUC